AUGGGUAACCGCAAGAUUGCAAUCAUUGGUGCAGGCCCAGCUGGUUGUUUACUAGCAAGACUCCUACAUCUCGCAGGCACAGAAGUCACAGUCUUCGAAGGGGAAGCCCAUCCAAACUUCCGAUCCCAAGGCGGUACCCUCGACCUCCAUACAGCAACUGGACUUGCAGCCCUCAAAGAAGCCCAACUCUUCGACGAGUUCCUGAAGCAUGCCCGUUACGACGGACAAUACAUGGCAAUCGUUGAUAAGGACCUCGAAUACCACCUCGUUAGAAACGCAGACGGCAAAUACAACAAAAUCGAGGAACGCCCUGAGAUCGACCGCUCGAAGCUCCGUGAAAUACUGGCCCAGUCACUUCCCGAGGGCAUGAUCAGAUGGGGCCACCAUCUUAAGAAGGUCGAGGGCCGAACACUCUUCUUCAAAGAUACAACAGUCGACGGCUUCGAUCUCAUUGUCGGUGCCGACGGUGCCUGGAGUAAAGUUCGAAAGGAAAUUGACCCAAGCCUGGUCCCCAAGUUCGCAGGAAUCGCUAUGCACGAGCUUGAAGUCACAGACGCCGAGAAUAAUGCACCCGAGUUAACGAAAUUGGUCAACCGUGGAAGUGUCUUUGCCAGCACAGAUGGCAAACGAACAACGAUCCAACAGAUGGGCGAUGGUAGUCUCAACAUCUACUGCGGCUAUGUCACCGACAACGAAGACUGGGCGAAGCCAGAGAAUUGCGGCUUCGAUCCUUACAACUUGAAGGAGACAACCCAGGCAUUGCUCAACACCAAGUACAAGGACUGGGACCCUCGACUGAAGCAAGCACUAGAGUUGGCUGACGGACGAUGCGCUCCUCGCUCUCUCUACAUGCUUCCCAUUGGCAGCAAGUGGGAGCACAAGCAAGGCCUAACUUUGAUCGGCGACGCGGCACAUCUCAUGACACCCUACGCAGGCGAAGGCGUCAACCAAGCUCUCGACGAUGCGAUGCAACUUGCAAAAGCCAUCAACGGAGCUGCCAACAAGGAUGAUGCAGCACUUGACAAGGCGAUCAAGAGUUUCGAAAAGGACAUGUUUGCUCGAAUUCUUCCAGUUCAGGAACUUACCUGGGGAUUGCUGCAAGAUUGGAUGUAUACGCCUGGAGCUCCCAAAGCUGUCAUGGCCAAGUCUAUGAGCAGACACGUGAAGCAUCGACUUCCAUUGGUGCUCCAGCCUUUGGGAUUGGCGGCUGUUCACGGAUAUUACUUUCUGAAGAACAAGAAUCUCAUUAGUUGA